AUGGUCGACCUUAAGCAGCAGUUGGAUCUGAUCGACUACUUUGGCGUCGUGUGCGUCUGGCUGUGCUUCUUUGCCAGCAUCUUCCUCAUCUCUUUCGGGUGCAUCCUCUGGUGCUGCGUCUCCAAGAACGACGAUCCUACUGUUUUUGCGAAGGUAGCUUUUUCAAGACUUUUUGAGGAAGACUGAGCCUUUUCCGCUAAUAUGGAAAAUAGAAAGUUUAAGUUUCUUAUUAGAAUUAAAGUGGCAUCAAAACUUGAAAGAGCUCAAUAAAAACGAAAAAGAAUCCCCAUGCGAUGUCGAUUUUUCCGAUUUUGCAAUCAAAACGAGUUUUCAUGAAUUCACUGGUGUGUAGUAUGAUCAAAAAAGGCUGCAUAGAUAGUUAACGGCUGGUUUGAGCCACCAAUAAAUGGGUCCUGUCACGAUCAAAGAAGAGAUAGGGUUAGCCGCAGAGGAAUGAAAGGGUAUCCAGAAGAAGGUUUUGAAACAUUAAAUUUGUGACUAGAACAACAAAAUAGAUGAUUAGAAAAUAAUUAGAAGGACGUAAUCAACUGAACGCUAAUAAAAUAUUUUUGAAAAGAGUAUCAAAUUCAAAAUCGCAGCUUUUUAUAUUAAAUACGUGCUGAAUAAAUUUUUGUUGUUUUUCAGUACGGCGUCGGACCGCAGCCACGAGUUCCUGCCCAAAGGUCUGCUGCUCAAGCUGCUAAAGCCGAGUAA